GUGGUGAAAGAUAAGAGAAUUGCGGUGUGUGGUAGCAAUGGAAGACGUGGCGAAAUUACGAUCACGAGUAUCGGAUUGAAUGAGAAUUAGAAAGAGAAGAACGAAGCAUUUCCCGGUCAUAUGAAAAUGGCGGGUUUGAGGCUACCCACUUCUACUGCUACUGGUUGUAGGUCGAGACUAUGGGGUGUAGCACUAGCACCCACGACGAGGAGACAUGCAUUUCACCUUGAGGUUUAUGGAAGUAGUAAUAGGAGAGUCGGUGGUGUGAAAUGUAGUAUUAGUGGAGAUGUUGGUGAUAGGUCGGCCGUGAAUCUUGGUACCGGGACACCUGUUAGGUCAACCAACAUACUUGUUGUGGGAGCCACCGGCACUCUUGGAAGGCAGAUUGUGAGAAGAGCACUCGACGAAGGAUACGACGUCAGGUGCCUUGUAAGGCCGAGGCCCGCUCCUGCCGACUUCCUUCGAGAUUGGGGAGCAACUGUUGUCAAUGGCGAUCUUAGUAAACCAGAGACUAUUCCCGCUACUUUGGUCGGUGUUCAUACUAUUAUUGACUGCGCCACUGGCCGUCCUGAAGAGCCUAUCAAAACUGUAGACUGGGAAGGUAAAGUCGCCCUUAUACAAUGUGCCAAAGCAAUGGGAAUUCAGAAAUAUGUUUUCUAUUCCAUCCAUAACUGCGACAAACAUCCUGAGGUUCCACUCAUGGAGAUCAAGUAUUGCACCGAGAACUUCCUCCGUGAUUCCGGACUCAAUCACGUUGUCAUUCGCCUAUGUGGUUUCAUGCAAGGUCUUAUAGGCCAGUAUGCAGUUCCUAUCCUGGAAGAAAAGUCUGUUUGGGGAACUGAUGCUCCCACCAGAAUUGCUUACAUGGAUACUCAGGAUAUAGCUCGCUUGACUUUCAUAGCAUUGCGAAAUGAAAAAAUCAAUGGUAAACUUCUUACUUUUGCCGGUCCUCGUGCAUGGACAACCCAAGAGGUGAUAACUUUGUGUGAGAGGCUUGCUGGUCAAGAUGCUAAUGUAACUACAGUUCCUGUCUCUGUUUUAAGAUUUACUCGCCAGUUAACUAGGUUUUUUGAGUGGACAAAUGAUGUUGCUGACAGAUUGGCAUUUUCAGAGGUACUUACGAGUGACACAAUUUUCUCUGUUCCGAUGGGGGAGACAUACAAUCUGCUAGGUGUGGAUACAAAAGAUAUAAUUACAUUGGAAAAGUAUCUGCAGGACUACUUCACAAACAUAUUGAAGAAAUUGAAGGAUCUUAAAGCCCAGUCAAAACAAUCAGAUAUUUUCUUCUAAAAUAUGAUUUGUAAUUGCAUACGAGGUAAUGUUGUGGGAAUUUAGAGUUUUAUUUUAAAAAGACUUGCCAGUGUAUAUUGUUUUAUUUUUAAAUUGAUUUUGUAAAUGGUGUAUUCACCCAAAAACAUUGGUCAGUAGUAUAUAUAUAAUAGUAAGAUCCAUAAGCUUAUCAA